GCAGAACAAAUGCGCAGUAGCCGCGUUAUUGUACUCUCCACGUUGAGGUGAGGCCUGAAACGUUCUUAUUCAGUUCUGCAGAAGACAUUGUAUAGAGAGGACAGAAAUCAUUCCUCUUGGGAAAUUACCACAUGGCAAUUCAUAUUGUCGAUUAAUUAUUCUGAGGACAAUCUGAAUUAAAGUUAAUUUACAUAGACUGCUGUCAGCGACACUAAUUCUCCUAAAUUGCCGACUUUACCUGCUUAAUAAUGCCUGUAAACAGAAUUCCCGUUGAAAUAGUCUGCGGACUAAGUGAUACAAGCUCUGUCGACGAAAAUUUCAAGGAAGACAGUGUGCGAUCCAGUUCUCCCAAAUCCGACAGUUACAUUUCGGAGGUUUCUGAGGUGUCGGAGGCAUCUCUGAAUUUGGAGUUUGAAAUUAUUUCUGAUGAUCAACACUUGCAAGAUAUACUGAUCGAGGAUUUCGAUCGAAUGAAGGUCACUGAGGAGAAUGCUGAAGAGAUGAUGAAACAAGGAGCAGAUAUGAGACACGUCCUGUGCACAAGCUGGAAGCUCCAGCCCAAGUUCCCUGUUGGUAAGAAGGUUCUGAGCAAAUCUGCUGGUUUAGUCCGAACUGCUCCGGGUCAAGCUCUCCGGGAUAUGGCUGUAGCUCAGAAGCUGUCUGUUGAGGAGCAUGAAAGAUCAUCCAGGUAUGGAGUUAAUCCUCCUCCAGGUUUCGAAUUCAGAUCUUAUGAUCCUACAGUCGAGAAUAAACUAGCUCCGAUCCUCGUUUCCUAUGCCGACGGAAGCAACACUUUAACUCUGGCAAACGAACCUCUGUGUCUGCACAAUAUCACUGUUUCCUGUGUCGUUGAUACUUGUCACAUGUUUAUUCAGCAGAUGAAAAAUCCAACAUUUCCUGGAGUUAAACCUUUGGAGGAGGAUAUGGGGAAGAUCUUUGCUGAGGAAGCUCCUCCGAUGCUGCUCCGACCUAUUGCUACUGGAAGCCUGUUAGCUGUUCUCUCUGGAGAGAAGUGGUAUAGAUGUCAGGUUGUAACUUAUAACGAGGAGAAUGACUCUUGUGAGGUCAAGUUUGUUGAUCACGGUGGAUACACAACUGUUCAGGUUUCAGAGCUGAGACCACUCCGAUCAGACUUUGUUCAACUACCGUUCCAGGCCAUUGAAGUUUACAUCGGACAUAUUAACCCUGCCACUGAUGAAAUUGUCAUUGAUAUCGCUUCUGAUCUCAUGUUCCGUGAGGAUGUAUCUAUUCAACUCCUGGGAUAUGCAGAAGAUGGUAUUCCUGUAAUACAAACUUAUUUCUACCAAGGCGAUUACAUCAACCUUUACACACAGGAGAUCCUUGAUGAUUGUUACAGAAUUUACAAGAUGUCGCACCCUGAAUAUCAACCCGUCCCAACCCUCUCCUCCCUCAUGUCCGACACUAGCUCCAGCUGCGGGUCAGAGGUUGUUUCCUCGGAGGAGCAGGAGGAGAAGAUCAUCGACGAUGUUUCUACUGAUGAAGGAGUAUGGAGUCCUACCCCUGAGGAAUCUUCCUUUUCAUCGGAGCAAUCUGUUAUUUACACUCCUGAUCAAUCUGUUUGUCCCCUGGUAGAUCAUUCAGAUGUUUACAGUCCUGAGCAAAUUCCUGUUGUGUUCACUCCUGAUCAGUCAACCCUUGUAUAUACCCCUAAUGUAGUUUACAGCCAGGAGCCCCUGGUCACAUACUCUCCUGAAUCCGAAGUAUCCUGGAUCCCUGUUCCUCAACCCGUUCUUGCAUAUUACGUUCCAGAUCCUUCCACAGGUCUGCUCAUGCUUGUAACCGUCCCCUCUCCCUGCUAUACCGGAGUUUAUCUCCCUGAGGAGCAGCAUCAAGAGGAGGAAGAGACCCAGACUGUUGUUGAGAAACCCUACGAGGAGUGGACCCAAGAGGAUUACAUGAAGUACUACGAAGAGUAGAUCUAUCUCUACGCAGAGUUCGCUCAGUACCUUGAGUUAAAAUUUAUCCUAGUUUAAUAUAUUCGCACAAAUUUGCUCAGCUUCUUCCUCAUUAUAUUCUAUGUAUAUUCCUAUUAUUCUAUUUGUUGAGGAUCCCAGUUUAACUGUAUAGAUAUAUCUCGUGUGCCAUGUAUGGGCCUCUAAUCUUGUAAAUGCUGCAUUACACUAAAUGACUUGAAAAUUCGUUAUUUACAUAAUUACAUGCUGUUAAAAGACCAAAUAAAUUAUAUAAUUUA